AUGGCAGAAGUGGUGGGCCUCGUCGUCGGGUUGGCCUCCUUCGGCGUUCAACUUAUCGAGAGCACGAAGAAGCUCAAAACACUGUGCGAAGACAUCAAGAAUGCGCCUACCGAGCUACAAGACACGAUUGAAGAGAUUGAGGUCAUGAAUGAGAUCAUAUCAGAAAUGGCUUCCCUCGAGGACCAGCCGUAUGCCGGAGCAGGAGCCUUGGCACGUUCGAUAGGGCUUUGUCAGAAAGCGCUGGACAGGCUCACUGCUGUGACCAACGACCUACAGAAUCGCCUUGGGAGCAGCAAUAAGAUUCGAGCACGAUUCUCUGUUAUCUUAAAGAAGGAUUCUAUGGAUCGCUUGAUCAGGAGGCUGGAGCAAUGCAAGGGGUUGCUGCAACUCGCACACCAAGUGUAUAUGGGAGCACAGAAUAUGAGCCGAUUUGAUCUCCAAAGACAGACGCUCGAGGAGCUGCGCAGCGGUCAAAUGACUUUGGUAUCUCAUUGCAAGACUGCGGCCGUUCGUCAAGCAUCGACCGUGGACGAUGUGCAGACUGGCCAGGUGGAGUUGAUCGAGGAUGCCAUCUCUACACCACAAGGGCGAAGGUCGAGCAGACCGCACGAAGCAACAGGGCCACAGCAUUCUGUACGGUCAUUCCGAAUUCGCACACCGAGAUGGACCUUCUCGCGUGUGUUGGAAAUGACGGUGGCUCAAACCCCUGCUGGAUGGACUGCUUCUUUGCAGUUCUACAGGAUCGGCGUGCCCUGGGAUGAUCCCUUCUUUUAUGCUUGUGUCCAAGACGACCUGAUCGCUGUGAAGGAAUUAUUGCAAGCCAGGAAAGCAACCCCCUAUGACCAGUAUGAAUCUGAAUUUACAGCCAUCGACCAUGCGAUGAUCUGCGGUGCUUUCGAUGUCAGCAGAUAUCUGCACCAACAUGCAAGCUUGCCAACACCCCAGGAAGUUGGAGUCGAUCCCUCCAAUGAGAUUUUUCAGAAGCCUCCCCUGAAUUCAUUCACGGUCCCUGUGGAGAGCAUACCUGCCAGCGAGCGGCUUGAUCUGAUGAUGGCGAUCAUUGUUUUCCCGCAUUCCGACAAUAAGCACUGGUUAAUCAGUUGCAACAUGCUCAAAGACAUCAUACGCGGCAGUCAUCUCGAUCCUGCUCUGUUAGAUGCCAACGUGAACGAUGGGAAAAGUCUAAUGCAUAUCUUCGCAAGUUUGCUCGCUAUUAGCUCACCAAGCUACGUUUCCGAAGCUGAUAAGCAAGCAGUGCUUUCGCGCAUGGAGCCGAUGGUUGCAGAAUGCAUUUCACGUGGAGCAGAUCUCACUGCCCAAGGUAAAUGGAAUUCAGGGUAUUGGUUUAACCUCGGAUUGGAUGGCCUUACCCCGUUGGCUGUGCUUGUGCACAGAUUCUACGGAGGAUCUGGAAGAAAGAAGUACUUCAAGAUGGACCAGAUCCUGCGAGACUGGGCUCAAGUUCUGGCACACAGUGGAGUUGAUCUGAUGGUCUAUGGUGCGUCAGAAACUGCUCUGAACUUGCGAUACAUUAAUCUGUACUACAAUCCGCAAACGAUCCUAGGCUUUGCGUACGGACCCGAGCCAAAGGACUGGCAUUUCUUGUUCUCGGCCGAGCAUGAUCACUGGGUCGGCCAAUUCUGGAGAAUGGUAGAGGAGCCGGAACGCCAGAUACCUGGAGCGUGGAUCGAGCAAGAUUCGGACAAAGAAGAUUGGCGCGAAGCAAAAAGAAUGGAGAAAAUCACGGCGAGGAAGCUUCGCAAGAUGAUGAAGAAGACGAAGAAGCAUCGUACUCCAACAUUCUAG